ACGAGGUAUCAUGGAGGCUCAGUCAACGAGUAGCAGCCAUUGAUGAAAGCCGACGUGUGGGGCAGCGCGCUGGACUUUCUGCAAUUUUUUUAAUUUAAAUUUUUUUUCUUUGUUUGAAACUUUUUGCAUUUAUUUAAGCCGUUUAGAAAUGGAGAUGAAGAAGAGAAUCAGUUUAGAAUUGAGGAACAGGACACCCGCUGAGGUGGCUGAGUUGGUGGUGGACAACUGUCGCUCCAGUGAUGGUGAGGUGGAGGGCUUGACAGACGACUUCAAGGAGCUGGAGUUUCUGAGCAUGGUGAACGUGGGCCUGACCUCCCUCGCCAAGCUGCCCUCGCUGCCAAAAUUACGCAAGUUGGAGCUCAGUGAUAACAACAUCUCGGGAGGCCUGGAGACACUGUCAGAGAAGUGUCCCAACUUGACAUACCUGAACCUGAGUGGGAAUAAGAUCAAGGAGCUCAGCACGGUGGAAGCAUUGCAAAAUCUGAAAAACCUGAAGAGUCUGGACCUGUUCAACUGUGAGAUCACCACCCUGGAGGAGUACCGGGAGAGCAUCUUUGAGCUGCUGCCUCAGGUCACCUACCUGGAUGGCUUUGACCAGGAAGAUAAUGAGGCGCCUGACUCCGAGGCUGAUGGUGAUGGUGAUGAUGACGACGAGGAUGAUGAUGAUGAGGAAGGAGCAGGCCCAACAGGAGAAUGUGAAGAUGAUGAUGAUGAUGAUGAGGGCUCAGAAGGAGGGGAAGAGGUUGGACUGUCUUACCUCAUGAAGGAGGGGAUCCAGGAUGAAGAGGAUGAUGAUGACUAUGUAGAGGAAGAAGAGGAGGAAGAAGCAGAUGAUGAAGAUGGAGCUGGCGUCCAUGGAGAGAAGAGAAAACGAGACCCUGAAGACGAGGGAGAAGAUGAUGACGAAGAUGACGACUAGCCCUGCCCGGACCCAGACUAAGCUGUAGAACAACGGUUUAAAAAAGUGUGAUCUUGCAGAUUCAGUUCUUUGUUAUACCAUAGAUAUCACUGUAGAAGCUGUGUUUCUUUUUAUAUAUAUAUUACACAAGAAAGGAACGGUUUUAACAAUUCAUUUGUAAUCAUUCCAAGUUUUCCCUCCUGUGUCUUGUUAAUGAGAGAAGAGGGAGGGGGUGAGUGUAGUGUUAAUCCAAAGCUGCAAGCCAAGGGCUGGUUGCUUGUACAUGUCUGAUUUAGGCCUACUUAAGUCAGAAUUGUGUAAGAUCAAUUAAGAUGAUUUGUAUGCCUUGUCCAACUCAAAUUCCAGUUUCCAAGUCAAGUCUUGCAACUCUCAGUCGUGAUGAUGGCCAUGGCCUCACCUCCUUGAUGUUAGUUGUCCAUGUGACUUUCCUAAGUCCAUAGUCAUCUAGGGUCAAACUUCUGUGUAAACAUCUCUGGGUUUUACAAAAGCUGGUGUUAGUGCACUAUCUACCAGCAAUCAACACAGGCCUGAAAUUCAAGAUGGGUAGGUACAUUUGAUUAGUGAUAUGUUGACCUUCUGAACCUAGAAAUUUGCCUGCCACUGGUCAUUCUGUACUGUUUUGUGGGGGUCACUAUUUCCCAGUGCUUUUGUAUAGGAUAUGACUAUCUUAGGUUGUCACUUAAACCUCUUCUGUUAGUCAACAGCAGCUGUAGAAAAGCCCUCAUAAGUUAUCAUUGUGGGCAUGUGGGAGGUACUGGAAAGUAGUUUUGAUCAUUUUUUAAUGCCAGUGUUGGUCCUGGAGAGACCCAGUGUUGCAGGGUGUUUAAAGGUGACUUAAAACCGUGAUGGGCUACACACCUGAACAUGUUCAUUCCAACCAUUUAUCUACAUCAAAAAGCUCAGGUGGACCAGAUUUCAAAGGCUCUUGUGGAUCUCCAGGGGCACAACAGGUCAUCUCACUCUGUUCUAAAUCAAACUAAAUACCUUUCACAUUUAUCAAGCUGUGGACAAAAAAAUGAGCUUUUUCCAUUUUUUUUAUUUGAAAUAUUUUACUGAGCGAAAACUUUAAUCAUGUUUGUAUUGCAAUAUGUACAUAGUAUCUGGUCCAACUCCUUGUUGUAUCUCCUGUGUAGAUGUUUUUGUUUUAUUUUUGUUUUUGUUCAUUUGGAUCGUCAUUGGUCCUUUUUUAAUGAAUACAAAGCACAGGUCAGGAGGUAAACACUCAGACCCAUGAUACAAUAGUUUUUAUUUUCUGUCCUCUGCUGUUGUAACAGUUGUGUGUGGCGUUUGUGUGCAGUA